UAUUUAUUAUUCAAGUGUUUUGAUAUAAAAAACUGUUUAUUUCAUUGAAUUGGAUUUGAUAUCAAAAUCAGUAAUCAAUUGAUUGGUUGCUAUCCAUUGAUACACUUGAAGACAAUAUACCGUAUAAUAUAAGCAAUGAAUUCACUAUCAAUGUUGAGAUUUGUGUCCAAAUCAGCUAUUAUCGCGAGACCACUAUCCAUGUGUCGGAUUAAUGCUUACCAAUAUUCACCGAAAAUAGUGGCCAACAGUUUGUGGACACAAACAAAUGCUAACGGUUUGACUGAUGACAAGAAUCUGAAGUCAUUAUCAAACAAUCAGUUAAUUUCCAGUCGAUUGGCCUCUUCUUCUUCAUCGACUGUUGAACAAAGCGGUGGACACAAUCACUCGAAAUUGUGGACAUUUGAAAGAUAUUUAUCGGCGGGACUGUUGGCUGUAAUUCCGGCGGCCAUUGCAGUACCCAAUCCGGCUCUCGACUAUCUUUUAGCCCUAUCAGUGGUAACUCAUAUUCAUUGGGGACUUGAAGCCGUUGUUGUCGAUUAUAUCCGACCGUCAAUAUUCGGUAAAGUGAUACCCAAGUUGGCCGUCGCUUAUCUGUAUGGCCUAUCAAUUGCCGCACUCGUCGGACUUCUUUACUUUAAUUAUACUGACGUUGGUUUAGGUGUUGCCAUAAGAUUGGCCGCAAAACUAUAGACUUUAUGAAGACUUUUGUGAUUUAGUAAAAAGUAUUAAUUUUUAAACAGUUUUAAUAGAUUUUAAUAAUAGAUAUGAGUUAUAAAAAAAAAAAUUGUUUUUAUUGAAAAUUAAAAAAAAUAUUCAGAUAUUUAUGGCAUUUCCAUACAAAUUAAAUUAUUACCGUAAUUACAAAAUUGUAAUUUUAUUUUUCUUUAAUUAUGAUUAAACUAUUUUGUAGUUUUUAAACCCUAUAAAUAUUUAAAUAAAACCAAUAAACAU